AUGCCACUUCUGCAAUACAACAGGUUACUAAGGAAUUUGAUAUCAAGGAUCUUGGUUCUUUAUUUUUUCUUGGGUAUUCAAAUCUCCAAAUCUUCAAAAGGUUUGUUUUUGUCUCAAGAGAAAUAUGUUGUUGAUCUGUUGAAGAAGACUGAGAUGAUGGAUGCUAAACCUGCAGCAACUCCAUGUUUGCCUUACAAUAGGCUUCUUAAGGAUGAUGGACAUCCCUUUAAUAAUCAUGCCCCUUAUAGAAGUGUUGUUGGUGCUCUGCAAUAUCUUGUUUUUACGAGACUUGACAUUGCCUUCUCUGUGCAUCAGGUUAGUCAGUUUAUGCAAGCACCUAUGAUAUCUCAUUUCACUGCAGUAAAACAAAUCUUGAGGUAUCUUAAAGGGUCUUUGUCACAUGGGAUUACUUAUAGCAGAGGUGAGUUGAUAAUUAAAGCCUUUAGUGAUGCUGAUUGGGUUGAGGAUCCUAAUGAUCGGAGAUCCACUACUGGCUUAGUUAUCUUUCUGGGAAACAACCCCAUUUCUUGGUCUUCAAAGAAGCAGCAAACUGUAUCUCAAUCAUCAACCGAAGCUGAGUAUAGAGCAUUGUCUUCCACAGCUGCAGAAUUAGAUUGGAUUCAACAGUUGCUUACAUUUCUGCAGAUCAACUUUCUUAUACUCCAAUUCUGUUUUGUGAUAAUAUGUCUGCCAUUGCACUCUCCUUCAAUCCAGUUCAAUAUCAGAGGACCAAACAUAUUGAGAUCGAUGUUCAUUUUGUUCGUGAAAGGGUGGCAAGCAAGAAGCUUCUAG